GAUCGGAGGGGAAGGAGCGCACUGCCGGAGAGACAGAGACAUACACUGAGCGUGGAGGAAAGAGAGAGAGAGAGAGGGAGAGAGAGAGGGGAGCGGACAUAGAAGAGCGUGUUCCAGCGAGGAGACGCACAGUUUGCAAGAGGAGAGCGCAGAGGCUGCACGUUUAUUUUUUCCCGAUCAGUUUUACGCACGCACGCCGGAGCUGCCUCUUCCAGGAGAUCUUGUGUUAUCUUUUGCGCAAGAACGCACUGAUAUAUGGACAGUAAAUUAAGAGGAUACUCGAUAGGAACAUGUUUUUGCUUUCUUAAUCACAUGUGCUUUCACCAAGUAAAUGCGCAACUGGGAAAAAGAACCAGAGCAAAAGAUUUGGGGAUAUUUUAUCGUGACGAAGGGGGAAACACUCAUGUUACUUUAUUUCAGGUUUUAACAGUGGUUUGCUUGUGUUUCUGUUGGUUCCUGGUGGUUUCAACCAGUGAUUUCUACUUUCUUUGAAUUUUAUAAUUUGUCUAUCCAAGAGUGUGUCGACGAGGUUCAUAUUCCCACGCGCCUAGAGACUGACAGGGGGACACAGUGCUGCCGACUGUGCGCACCGCAAUGGAUUUUGAGGCUUUAAAGAUGUGUUUAGGGUAGAUAUCGCGCUGAUUUUGGAUCACUUUGCUCAGAUUAGUUUGUCUUUAAAAGCACACGUGGACAGAGCUCGUUCAAAUCGUGUACAAACAGUGUUUUACCAGCGCGAUAUUCUUGGAGAGCCCGGUGAACACAACCCGGCAUUUGUGGUGGAUUUUGGUCACUACUUGUGUUGCGCUUCAAAGAAACUGAGAACUGUGGAAAAGGAGAAGGAAAGGGGGACUUUGGACUGCAGCUGUGUCUCAGAUAUACAGAAUAAAACCACAAAGGAGGAGAGAAGAGGUGUUUUUUUUCUUCACAUCCGAGGAGAAAAGAUGGAUUUAUUCCUAUGGCUCUGUGGAUGUUUACUGGCUUUUCUCUUGCCUUCAGCAGUCAAAGCAGAGGAAGGAGCAUCUGAGCCAUGCGGUGGCUAUUUAGAUGCCAGCGAUGCCGGCUACAUCACCACCCCCGGCUACCCACUGGAGUACCCGCCUCACCAGAACUGCCGCUGGGUCAUCACAGCACCCGAGCCUUCACAACGCAUCGUCCUAAACUUCAACCCACACUUUGAGAUAGAGAAACUGGACUGCAGGUAUGACUAUGUAGAGAUCCAUGAUGGAAACUCAGAGUCAGCUGACCUCCUGGGGAAGCACUGCAGCAACAUCGCCCCUGCACCAAUCAUAUCGUCAGGGCCCUCACUCCACAUCAAGUUCGUAUCGGACUACGCCCACCAGGGGGCGGGCUUCUCACUGCGCUAUGAAAUUUUCAAAACGGGUUCAGACUGUUCUCGUAACUUCACCAGUCCCUCGGGUCUCAUUGAGUCCCCAGGCUUCCCUGACAAAUACCCCCACAACCUGGAGUGCUCCUUCAUCAUCAUUGUCCCACCCAGCAUGGACGUGACCCUCACCUUCCUCACCUUUGACUUGGAGAACGACCCCCUGCCAGGUGGAGAUGGAGACUGCAAGUACGACUGGCUGGAAGUGUGGGACGGGCUCCCAGGAGUGGGCCCUCUGAUUGGUCGAUACUGUGGGACCAGGGUGCCUCCUGAGAUCCAGUCCUCUACUGGGAUUCUCUCUCUGUCCUUCCACACUGACAUGGCUGUGGCUAAAGAUGGCUUCUCCGCUCGAUACAACAUGACGCACAAGGAAGUCAUUGAGACUUUCCACUGCAGUAAUGCAUUUGGUAUGGAGUCAGGAAAGAUCACAGACGACCAGAUCUCAGCCUCGUCGAGCUUUUAUGAUGACCACUGGCUGCCACGACAGGCCCGACUCAAUUACCAUCACAACGGAUGGACGCCCAACGAAGACAGCAACAGGGAGUACAUACAGGUGGACCUCCACACUUUGAAGGUGCUCACAGGCAUCGCCACCCAGGGCGCCAUUUCAAAGGAAACUCAAAAAACUUACCAUGUCACCACCUUCAAGCUGGAGGUCAGCACCAAUGGAGAGGACUGGAUGGUCUACAGGCAUGGCAAGAACCAUAAGGUUUUCCAUGCCAACACUGACGCCACCGAGGUGGUUCUCAAUCGGAUCCCACAGCCGGUCCUGGCUCGUUUCGUACGAAUCCGACCUCAGACAUGGAAGAACGGCAUCGCCCUACGGUUCGAGCUCUACGGCUGUCAGAUCACGGAUGCACCCUGCUCAGAGCUGCAAGGCAUGUUGUCUGGGCUGCUACCCGACUCCCAGAUCUCUGCGUCAUCCAUGAGAGACAUCCACGGCUCCAUGGGGGCAGCCAGGCUGGUGGCCAGUCGCUCGGGCUGGUUUCCCAACCCAACGCAGCCCAUAGCUGGAGAAGAGUGGCUACAGGCGGACCUCGGCAUGCCCAAGAUGGUGCGUGGCAUUAUCACCCAGGGUGCAAGAGGGCUGGAGGGCAGCACCAGUGCUGAGAACAGAGCAUUCGUCAGGAAGUACAAACUGGCUCACAGCUUGACUGGCAAAGACUGGACUUACAUCACCGACAGCAAGACUGGGUUUGCGAAGAUCUUCGAGGGAAACAGCCAUUAUGAUACUCCAGAGGUCCGGAGGUUCGAGGAGAUAGUGGCCCAGUACAUCAGGGUCUUUCCAGAGAGGUGGUCGCCUGCUGGGAUCGGCAUGAGGAUGGAGGUUCUCGGCUGCGACCUGCCAGAAACCACCACUGUACCUGACACCGCGACCCCCACCGUGCCCAGAGUGGAACAGACCACUGCUGCGAUGAGACCCGCCACCACUCCAUCGCUGUCGGCUGUAUGCGACUUCGAGCAGAGCUUGUGCGGCUGGUCGGCUGAUCCCCAGUCAGGUGUUAGCUGGUCCCUGCACACAGCCAGCAGCAGUUCAACUGGACACGGCACACAUGGAACGAGGCAGGACUUGGCGCUGGGAUCAGACAAUUUCUCAGGGAACUACCUCCACCUGGAUGCAGGCGCCCACACCCAGCGAAAGCGAGCCCGGCUGCUGAGCCCUGAGGUGGGGCCGGAGCGAGGCCCGCUCUGCCUCCUCUUUUACUACCAGCUCCAGGGGGAGGCACAGGGGAGUCUGAGGGUCCUGCUGAGGGAUAGCGAUCAGGAGGAGACGCUGUUAUGGGCUCUAAAAGGAGACCAGGGGCCUCACUGGAGGGAGGGCCGUACCAUCCUGCCCCAAAGCCCCAAGGAGUAUCAGGUGGUGUUUGAGGGCUUCUUUGAUCACCCGACCAGAGGCCACAUCAGGAUAGAUAACAUCCACAUGAGCAACAGCAUCGAGCUGGAGCAGUGCACACAGCCUUUCCCUGCCUUAACUCCAGGCAUAACCAGAGAUGCCAUGUCUGGAAUGGAACCCACUGUAGACACAGUGGCGAUGAAGCCUGUCCCUGCCUACUGGUACUAUGUGUUGGCGGGAGGCGUUGCCCUCUUGCUGCUGGUCGCUGUAACCGUGGUGGUGACACUGUGCUGCCAUCGGUACCACUGGGCGCCCAAGAAGACCAGCAGCAGUCAUCAUCAUUCAGUGAUGUACCACAACAACCAGUAUCCAAUUCAGCAAGAUCACCAAAACUGCUACCAGAACCAAAACCUGAGCUAUAAUCUGAUCCAGAGCCCCAACCAAAACCACCUGUACCCAGGUACUGGGCUGAGUUCUGACCCCAUGCUCACUAUCAGACUGGAGAAAGAGGACAGCUGUGAUUCCCAGUGUUGAAAAGAAAACAACUGGACUACACAUGAAUGAUAUAAUAUUACUAGAAUGCUUUGUUAAAUUAAAGCAAUCAAAGGGUGUGAAAACUCCCUGAUAUGCAGCAUAAUCGCCACUCUUCACUGACGAGAAUCUACAUGGAAGAGACACUGCAGUUCCUGUUGCUGAUCACUGAUCUAAUUAACGGAUCAGCAUGCACCUUUGCUAAACUACCUUGUGGGCUGGCACUGGCAGAACCAACUCCUGACGUUAAACUUAACCAUCACUGGGGAGAGUAGUUGAAAGAACUUCAACUGUUCCAUCUGUCUGAUGGCUGAUGAGGGCCUGAGUGCCAUUUUUUUUGAUGUACCUAAGAGCAUACUGGCUUCUACAGCUGCACCCCAACCUGAAAAUAUAAUGGAUUGUGAUCAGAAUGACAAGAAAAUGACAGAGUGACAGACUGUUGACGAAACACAUGUACAUGCAGCGUACACUGUCAGUGUUGUAACAGCACAUUUUCCUCUUCUACAAAUGUCAGAGUAGGAUAUGUCUGUCUGCCUCGCUCUGAUCUGCAGCUUGGACACUGCCUGCCUCCAAAUAUCCUGUCGGACAGAGAGGGGAUUUACACACAGGUACAGGGAGAUUGAAGUCAGAAUGUGUGCUGUAUAAAGAAAGGAGGCUAUUUCUCUGGGUCUGAAUGAAGCUGCUGUUUAUUUGUCGACUAGCCUUUGAGAGACCGAGAGUGACAGAGACAGAUUAAGAACAGAGAAGGAAGAGGUAUGGGGAGAAUUAGUGCUGUCUGUCCAGCCGUGACAGAUAGACGGCUACACAUCCACCGUGGGUGGCUCCUUUGGUCUGUGAACGAGGAAUCAGUGUUGUGCUGUUCUCUGUCUGGUUUACACAGAGGGGGAGAGAUAGGAUGAGACAGCUUACACCGCAUCCUGCAGACCUAGAACGCUCUCUCAGCAUCAAAACACACAAAGGCUCAAAGGUCCCAAACACAUAUGCACGGACACUUCAAAAGUUUGCAGCGGCUGAUGAUUGAGUAUCGCGUGUUACCCUGAGUGCAUUUUUCAUUACAUCGUGAUAUGCCUUUCUUAAAAUGUGCUUUAAAACUAUUACCUCUUCACCUCCAGAACGAGGUAGUGCCUCAGUGUCAAAUCAGAGUAUGAAUGGACUGUAUACAGUUUUGCCUUGAUCUCAUAGAUAAUCCAAUGCCUGUGUCUGUUAAUGUUCAAAGUAAACAUGGUUGUAUGUCCUGCACACAUUAGACUGGGUGAAUGAAAUCCAAAAUCAUAUGUAUUGACUAUCUCAAGUUACUUUUCUUCGAAGUCUGUGCAAGUUGAACUCUUUACAUCCGUUUUAUUUGUGUGCCAUCCAAUAAGAAAAGAAAUGAAUAAUAUGAGGAAAUCAGAGUGUUUUGCUUAUUAGCCCAGUGAUCCACUUGGCAGUUUUGUUUCUAUUUAACAGGUGAGACCAAACAUAUGCUGUGAGAAAGAGCUUCUUACUUAUGAAGCCUUUUUAGAUAAACCACUGAUCCAGGAUCACUCCUCAGUUCCUUUGCUUAUUUCAUUUACCAUGAUCUGUCAAAUCAGAUUCCAGUGCUGCACUACUGUCACAGCCCACACACAGAUUUCUUGAUGUUUUCUUAAAAAUCCUGUCUGACUUUACGUGUGUUAGCAUUAUUUUUUUUCAUAUUUCCUUAUGUUGACACAGUUGAGUUUGCAUAAAAAUGUGUGCGCCACGAUGCAUUUUUAAAGUUGGGUUACACGUUACUUUUGCAAUGUUUAGCACUUUUCUGCUUUUUGGUCACGAUUUAUUGAAGACUUUGACGAUUUAUGACAAUGUAUGACAUUUACUGUGAAUCUUAAUAUAAAAAAAAUAAGUUGAGUAAUGUAUUGGUUGUGAAUUAAAUACAAUUUCUUCCUUUGUAAUCAUGUUUUAGUACGCCUACAUGUACUUCUGAUGUAUAAUAGUUGUACAAUGUUUAUUUUUUAUACUCACUGACUUGUUUUAUGUUGAUUGUAUUCACUGAGAUGAUCUUAACGACUUUUCUUGACUUUCAUUUGAUGUCAAAUCUUCAGGUUGAAGCCAUUUGGCAACACAAAUGUUUGUCCCUCAUUUGAGGCAUUUAGCUUCAAGUUGAAAUCAUAUAGGGACAUGAAACGAAAGCAUUCAGUAUGUUAUGUGAACAUUAUUCAGAUGAUCUUUAAAUAUGUAUUCAUUUGCUUGGUUUUGGUUUGAGAAGCCCAGUAUCAACUUCUAGUCAGAUCCACAUCUGUGAAAUUGGGCGCACCACUGUGGUACUUAUUUUCUGGAAUUCUCAGCAGCUCGCCAUCUUAUGUUGUGUGUGCCCCCCCCCCAUCAUUUUGUUCAUGCUCAAAUCCCCCAGUCUUUUUAUCAAAACCCGCUUGUUCCUAUUCUACUCCUUGCCUUCAUCGCAAAUCCUCCCAGUAAAAAACACAGGAGGGAAAAUGAGAGGCAGAAAUGGAGGAGAGCAAAAUCUCUCAGAGGAGAAGGGCCCAUUAAGCGAGCCCCCUUUCCCUCCAAAGAAUGCGCCCAGAGAUGGAGGAAGAUGAAAGAAGUAAAAAAAAAAAAAAAAAAAAAAAAAAACCUGCUCUCUCUAUACUUUCUAAAGAUAGAUUUUUCUUUUACUCCGAGAGGAAGGCUAACGGGGAGGCAGGUUGGGGUUUGGAUUGAAGGAGGGAGAGAAUUGAAGGAGGAGGGCAGGUUGUUUCAAACACAAAAGCAGAUGAAAGAAGUCUUUUGGCAGAAUAGACAGUGUGAUGGAGACGCACAUUAUGCUUGCUGUGCGCACGCCGCCGCACACAAUCGAACAAACACAAACCUGCGUUAGCAAAGAAUCCCAACAAAUACAGUCAUUUAAAUGCAUUGUUGCAUGCAUGUUCAGACAGCGUAUCCACUCUGCGGCUCUCCAUAUUGACUUAUUCCAUCAGAUUGUGUCUCAUAAAAUGUGGUUUUGUGCUUUAGUCAACAUGUAUUUCCCUUAUUUUAUGCUUGCAUAUCCAUCCCCUCUGCCUUCCAUUUCAAUCGACUUGUGUAUGAUUUACACAUUAUAUGACUCACUCUAGCAGCCCUGUGCUGUAACCCAAUCAAUGUGGGUCCGAAAUUCAAACAGAGGAAUGAUAUAUGACUGUAUUUAUGUUGUGCUACCCGUGCACUUUUCGCCUCCAUUCUCCCUCUCUCUGUCAAACUUUUUGCAAGAUUUGGAAAAUGUGCUGGCGUCUUUUCAUGUGGCGCUUUUAAAUCAACGUUCCCUCACUCCCCUCUCCCUUCUCCAUCACAGACUACUUUGAAGCCCUUUAAUAUUUCUAAUUAGUUAAUGGAGCUGAUUGCAUUCAUAAAACCCUGCGGUAAGCAUUUCUAGCCCUCAGGCCAUUUCUUUUUUUUUUUCCUUUCUGCCUCCUCCUCCUCCUCCUCCUCUGUUUCCUGGAGAAAUAUUACGAGUGAAAGCACUCUAACAGGUCCGCAGGCCCCCACUGGAACAGUGUAUAGUGCCAAAGAGCCAUCCAUGUCUUUUCCUAAGUUAAAAAAAAGGCCCCCUUUUUUUUAUUCUUCUCUUUGCUAAUUGGAGAGUGGAGAUAAAAUGGGGCUACAGGGAGUUUUAAUCUCCUUUCAGAUCCGUGUGAUGAUUCUUCUCAGGAUCCUAGCCUGAGGGCUUUAAGCCAGGAUCAUUAGAAAGUGUUCAACAGUCGUCCAAAGAGUGUCCAAGCAUCCCUCUCUGUUUUUUUAAUCUUGCUUCUUUUGCUAUCUCUGCGUAAGUGAUUUAAUGUUUUUAUUCCUGUGGUGAUUUCAGUUGACUGUGAGAAAGGAGAGACUGUACAUUUACACUAUCAGAAGACAAGAGAGAAGACUGAUCGAAUGCUUUUAUGUGCAUGUACUAAGAAUAGUCUUACAUGGAGAGUACAUUUCAGUGAGACCUCCAGAACAUUAUAAUUUACAGCUUGUCUCCUGGGAUCAGCCAUAUUUAGCUUAGCAGGUAUCCAUAGUUUCAGGGCUAACUGCCUACUCUGCAUAGUAACUGCAUUUCUUUAUCCAUUGAAUACCAUGACAGUAUUAUUUUAUUUAAUAAGAUGGUUCUGCCAACAUUACUUAAAGUCAUGUUUUUAAUCUGCAGACCACUCUGGAGUUUUCUGAGCUUGCAUGCUUUGAGAUGUCUGUCUGGUUGGUCAGAUAUUUUUUCGCUCACUCACUUUUCAACCUCAAUUUCAGUGAUAUGACAUCAUAUUUUGGGAGGUAAAGUGAAACCACAUGUUGAGUUUUUGGAAAAUCCACCUUGAUGAUGUCAUUUUUAUCAAAUGAAUUAACAGCGUUGUGAUUAUUCUUUCAAUUCUUGAUCUGUAAUUGAGUUGGUUUUUUUUAUUCUUGUUGAUCAGAAAGACUUUUCUUGAUGUUAACUUGUUGGAAGCAGCAAAGACUGAUCAUUUUUGAACUAGUUUUAACUCAAACUAUGACUAGUUUAGACUCAAGCUGAAUAAAAUCAGCCUUGACUUGAUAAACUGCUUCAUCCCUGGCUGCAGCCACAUCACUGUUAUAUUUACUCCUGUGCACUGUCUCAGCCUCUGUGAAGAAGAGACCUCAACUUUAUGAUUGUCUUGUUUGACUUGUGCUGGAUUUCACUGUCUUGCACUUCAAGCAAAUUAAAUAUUGAACUACAGAGAAACAUACGAAGCCAAAAGGCACACACAUACAGGCAAUCAAAUAAUUAAAUAAUUAAAUUCCCAACAACCAAAUAUCGGAGAAUGAACACACUCCAUUUAGCAUAGGAUUUCUUGGUUGCUGUAAUAUUUGAAUUGAAAUUAAAUUGAGUCAGUUUCUUUUGUUUAUUCUCUAAAUGGGUUUGGAAGUCAAUUUUGGGUCAAUUUUAAACAAUUAAAGAUGUGAUUGAGUUGCAUCUUUAAUUUCAAGGAAAUUACCUCAUAUUUAAUACAUGAGCAAAUAUCUUCAUUUCACAGAUAGCAAGUCUCAUUUAAAAUCAUUCAUCUCUUACUAUUAUUUACAGACUGAAGUGUAUUAGAAGUUGGUAAAGGCUGUUUAUAGAAGGUAUAGUCUGGAUGCCACGUUAAAAUUGUCUCACAGGAAAAAAUGACCUUAUCUAACUGAGGAAAUGAGGCCCCAUAUCUUUUUUUCAUAUCUACUAAAUUAGUUUUUCACCUCUUGUCUUUUGAAUAUCUAUUACAGGUUUCACUUCAUAAUAAGUUUUUGGUUCCUCUGCCCCAGCAAUAAAUGAUUAUCAGCUGCCCAGAUAUUGCUCCACUUUUUCUUCCUGGGGAUUGUAAUAUCAAUUUCCUUGAAUAAAACUGAAUUGAAGCAGAAUUGAGCUUCCAAACCCUUCAAAGCCUUGCACUUCGGCCUGCCUCAGAAAUAUAAUGUGGUAUUUUAGCUUGUUGAAUUUCAUGGUCUUGGAAUAAAAAGAAAAUGUAUUGUGGGGAAUGUGAAAGUAAUAAAAGUGAUAUUUUUGUAUGAAACGGUUUUGUGUGUCUUUCUUGUAACGGUUCAGUCUCCCCUUCUCUCUCUUGCUCUCUAAAUAAAGGAGGUUUAUAGGAGAUCUCUUGUCUGAUAUCUUUAGGAAGUUUAAAUAAGAUCACUCACUCUCU